CCUUGCCAUUUGCUGACUUCCCCUUGUGGCAGAAAGUCUCUUCUGUUCAUCUCCAGCUUUCAGCAUGGCUGGAGAAAUUGUUUAUGCUGAUCUCAAGGUCCCUUCUGAAUCAGAACCAACCUUUGCAAGGACAUUCCAUUCUUCUCCACAGUUAUAUGCUUUCCAGCGUCCUCACUGGCAAAAGAUCACUCUAUGGAUUGCAUGUACUGGGAACAUUAUCCUGCUGGUAGCUCUGAUAAUCUUGUCUCUGCAGCUGGAGGUCAAGACAGAAAAGGGUGGGAUGACUAUGGAAUGCAAUGCCUCUUCAGACAGCACCUUUCAGUCUCAUCUGAGAAGCAAACUCUGCAACCAGAGCCAGGGUAUCUCCUCAGUGAAUUCCACUUGCCAAGUUUGCCCUGCAUACUGGGUCCUUCACAGAGACAAGUGUUACUGGUUCCAAUCAAAGAACCCUUUAAAAACAUGGAACAAUAGCCGAGAUGACUGCUUGGCAAGGAAAUCUCAACUGCUGGUAAUCCAAGACAUGGAGGAUAUGGAUUUUGUAACAGAAAAUAUAACAAAUGUACAUUAUACCUAUUGGAUUGGAUUCUCCUUGUCAUUACCAAUGAAGAAUUGGAUAUGGGUUACAGGCUCCCAGGUCAGCAAGUCGCUAUUUCAGGAGCAAAAGCAUGAGGAAGACAAGCACUGUGGAGCAAUAAAAAACAAGAAAAUCAUCUCUGAGCCCUGCAGCAGUAUAUUGAGGUGGAUUUGCCAAAAAGACCCUGUAUUAAUAUGACAUUGCAUGUUGGUGGUGCAUAAGAUAAUUACAUAUAUGCCAUUUUGUUAUUUGCUAUGACCACAAAAUAGAAAUAGAUAUAUGGAAGAAGACAGAUUUGUACACAAUAGAGAGUUUAAUGCCUCUGUCUUAAUAUAAAAUAACUGCAUUUCAAGAUGCUAAGCUAAAGGAUUCUACUACACUUUCUGGUAACCACUGAAAGGUCAGGAUCACACCAUGAUUGUAGGUCAGCUUGUGGGCUGUUGCGAGUCAUGAAAGCACAGCUAUUCAGUUCGCUUUCUAUAUUGUUAAGGAAAAGAAGAAAGAGUCUUGAUUUGAAAACUGUAUGUACAUGUUCCCUGCAUGGCUUGAAUCAAUUCUUACAUGUUUAUGAUAGGAACUUUAAUGUGAGUCUGUGAAUAAGCAUCCUGAAGAAGGAAAUGCGAUGGAAGUGCUAUGAAUCUUUAAACAUAUACAGGCACACCUCAGUUAACAAAGCCUCUGGGAGAGAGGCUUCCUUUUAUAUAGUGUUUUUACAGCCACCCAACCUCCACCCCAUAAUUCUCCUUCUUGUCCUCUGUCUAGCUGGAGGUUUCAUAGCAGCCUCAGUAUUGGGGGGAUAGUGAAGAAGGACUGGAGAAACAGACCUUUGGUGCCAGAUUCCUAGGAAAGAAGGAGGUUCUUCUCUAGCCAAUCCUCCUGUAGCUGUGUGUGCCUAUAUAGAACAGAUCAGGUAAGCAGCAAUUGCCUGAUAGAUAAAAACAUCCUUAGAUGCAUCUUUGGAGAAAUUUUCAUGUGGUCUCUGCAAAGUUCAGAAUUUUUUAUUUAUUCAAUUGUGCAAGAAUUACCAGACUUGUCUGUUUCAUUUUACAUGCAGAUGUUAAUUUUGAAUAAAA